AUGAUAACUGCCAUGAAGUAUCUGAUUAUUUGGGCAGAUUCUGGCAAUAGUAAUUCAUUGGGAGCUGGAGUUGGCUCAAUCGAGUCUGAUUUUGCCACCACAAGUAGCAGCCAAACUAGCAAACCUAUCCUUACACAAAACAACAGCCCAUUGGCAACAUAUGGUCGCUUGGUGGCCCCUAACCCUGAAGGCCUCGAAAACUUGGCUCCUCUGCCAUUUCAAUCCAACGAGUCCUGUGUCGGACCUGAAAGUUCCAGCUCCUCCAUAUCCUUUGUAUCCACAGGCCUCUCAGUCGAAUUGGCCAAUGUUCUAACUAACUCUGGCUCAUCUGUUAGCCAUUGUGAUCAAUUCUCCAAAUUUGCUUACGACUGUCCACUAGCUACUUGUCUUACUCGGCUAGCUGACUCUGAUCCGGGCGUUCAGCGUGCUGCUUUGGUUGCAUUGAACACAGCUGCGCAUCAUAUUCCUGCAAGAUUGGCACCAUUGCUGACAAUGUCCAUCCCUACCAUUUGCACAUCUGGUGAUCUGACCACGGACUCUUCAGAAUCGAUUUCUUUAUGCACUCUGCUCUUCCGUGAAACUGCUGUUCGACAAGAACUCAUUCGCAAAGUGGAAAUGGGGCCAUUUAAACUGCAAGUCGAUGACGGCCUUGACAUGCGAAAGGCUUUCAUCUUUUAG